UCACCCUAGCGAUAUCCUGUAUUAUACGAGAGGUGGUUAUGAGAUACGAAUGGAGGUCUAGCGCUUACUGCAUCGGUCACACUAUAGACGUCUCUAGUAAUCUUACGUACAUUGUAGAUCACCCCAGCAAAUCAAGUCCAAUGAGACUGACUCGUGUAAAGCUCCGUUCAUUAGCUCUACGAUGAGCUUCCGAUGGACAGACCCUUCCAUUGAUAAUCUAAUCAGUACGCGAAUUGAACUACAGCCUGCGAGCAUUCACGGUCCAAAUGAUGUAGCUUCUAUUUCCUGUUUGUCCAUGCUCCUUUCCUCAAGAUUCUGAGUUGUGGGUGGUGUCGAGACGUUCCGUCACAUAAACCAUCUUAGAAUAUUGGAUGUAAUGCAUUUCAAGAUGUUCAAUCAAUCAGGGUGAAAUGAAGAAGCAGUAAGUUUCUCUAUACACAUUUACCUAUAUAUAUAUAUACCUGCUUGGGUACAUAUGUAGGCAGGUAUAUGAUCUGCCCAUGUGUAUGAAUGAAGAUCACGUGAGCCAGACAACACCAGCACUUGAGGCUACCAGUUUAUACCUACAUGUAGAUACCUAGAUGUAUCAUUCAUACAGACAUAAUAUACUGUACACUCUGAUAUUAUUCUUUUUCUUCAAUAUCUGAUGCUAUUGCCCGACUAUUCCGGACUUUUCUGAAAACCAUAGGUGUGUACAUGUGUAACCCAGGAUCAUGCCAAAAUUACAAGCAAACGUGCAUACAUGUAGUGAGCUAUUGGAUGCGAAUACAUAAUUAAAGACGCACAUCAUGUGGCUUGGAAGCCAGAAGUGUGUGUGUCCUCCAAAACAUGAUGUAAGCUCUCGGAUGCUUUCCAGAAAGAGAGUAUCAGGAAUCAAUUUCUAAGCAGCCCCGCUCUAUUCCGCCAAACAUACAAGGUACAUUAGACGUCCAUCUCCCUGGUGCGCACCCAACUUGCAACCCCACCAACACAUUCAUCAUGGCGCGAAUCUUCAUCACCGGAUCAUCUGAUGGAUUGGGAUUGGGUUUGAAUGCUGCAAAGCAGUUGAUCGCCAAAGGUCAUUCGGUCGUCUUGCAUGCACGCAACGCGCAACGAGCGAAUGAAGCGAAAGAAGCUUGCCCUGGUGCCGAGACUGUCGCCGUUGGCGAGCUGGGUACCAUCGCCGAAACCAAACAGCUCGCUGCUGAGCUGAACAAGCUUGGGACGUUUGACUGUGUUAUUCAAAAUGCUGGAUUGUUCCAGGGCGGGUUUCGCAAAACUGUCGAUGGCGUACCGGCGCUCGUCAACGUCAACGUGUUGGCGCCUUAUAUUCUUACCUGCCUCAUGCACCGGCCCAAGAGGAUUGUCUUCUUGUCUUCGUCGAUGCACAAUAGCGAUGAUGGGAACUUGGAUGAUGUGCUGUGGCAACAAAGAGGGGAGCAGGGCUGGAGUGACUAUUCCGCCUACUGUGCAAGCAAGUUGCAUAACAUUUUGCUCGCCAAGGCGUUUGCCAGGCGUUGGCCAGACGUCAUCGCUACCUCUCUGGACCCAGGCUGGGUACCCACGAAAAUGGGAGGAAGCAGCGCAACAGAGACUGCCGAUGCCGCCGCCGAAACCUAUGUCAUGCUAGCCGAGGGCGAGGAACCUGCCGCUCAGAAGAGUGGAGGAUAUUUCAGGCCAUCGCGACAAGUAGCGACACCAAAGUCUAUUACGGAGGAUGAAAAGGUCCAAGAUCAAUUGUUGUCCAUCUGCGAGAAGUUUACGGGAGUGUCGCUGCCAUGA